GUUUUUAUUCUCUGAAGUGAGUACUUCAGAGCCAUCAGGUAGGAGCUGUGUUGACUACCAUUCCUUUUUUCCUAUGUUCCCAGUGACGCCUGGGAAGAUGGCACCGUGGAUCCCCAGAGGCCUCUGGACAGCAGCUGUGAUGAUGAUCCUGGUGGUGCUGAGCGUCCCAGUGGCUGAGGGCAGAGACUCUCCACAGGAUUUCGUGUUCCAGUUUAAGGGCGAGUGCUACUUCACCAACGGGACGGAGCGGGUGCGGCUACUGGCCAGAUACAUCUAUAACCGGGAGGAGUUCCUGCGCUACGACGACGACGUGGGGGAGCACCGGCCGGUGACGGAGCUGGGGCGGUCCUGGGCCGAGGACUUCAACCAGCAGAAGGACUUCAUGGAGCGGAAGCGGGCCGAGGUGGACACGGUGUGCAGACACAACUACCAGAUUGAGGACAGGUUCAUCCUGCAGCGGCGAGUGGAACCUACAGUGACCAUCUCCCCAUCCAGGACGGAGGUUCUGAACCACCACAAUCUGCUGGUCUGCUCAGUGACAGAUUUCUACCCAGGCCAGAUCAAGGUUCGGUGGUUUCGGAAUGACCAGGAAGAGACAGCUGGUGUCGUGUCCACUCCACUUAUUAGGAAUGGGGACUGGACCUUCCAGAUCCUGGUGAUGCUGGAAAUGACUCCCCAGCGAGGAGAUGUCUACACCUGCCAUGUGGAGCAUCCCAGCCUCCAGAGCCCCAUCACGGUGGAGUGGCGGGCACAGUCUGAAUCUGCCCGGAGCAAGAUGCUGAGUGGCAUCGGAGGCUUUGUGCUGGGGCUGAUCUUCCUUGGGCUGGGCCUUAUCAUCCGUCACAGGAGCCAGAAAGGACCUCGUGGGUCUCCCCCAGCAGGGCUCCUGUGCUGAUGCCUGAGGAUACCUGGGAUUUUGUCUCCUGUAAUGCCUGCCUCUUUUGUCCAGAAUUCCCAGCUGCCUGACUGCCUGUCCCCCACAUAGAUCAGAGUCCUAUAGUGCCUCUGGUGCAGUUGCCCGGUCACCUCCUGUGACCCCUGCCCUGAGGAUGUGGCUGUGAUGCUGCUUCUGCACUGGCCUGGGAGCCUCUGCCUGUGCGCUCCCUGCCAGCAGCAUCUACUCCGGCCCCAAGGGCUUUUCUGUGUCCAUUCUUCCUCCUCCGAUUGUGCAAGAGCAGCUCAUUGAAGCCAUUUAGCUGAAUGUAGAGAUUUUACAUGAUUAUGAGUUCUCUGUACCCUGAGUUUUCUUAACUGGGUGGAGGCAGGGAACCAGAGCAGAAUGAAAGGACAUACUGCUCCUUGAAGGGAGACUAGAGGAAUCUGGGGUGCCAGGUGACAAGCAGGCAGAGAAGACAAACAAUCAAUUCAAUAGUCACAUCCUUCAUGGGUAUUUAGCAUUGUUCAGUGCAAUGGCUUAAGGGUGUGCCUGCCUCUCUUUAGGUUUGGUGAGUAUUGUGUGUGUAAGCUGAUAGUGGAAUUAUCCAGGUACAGAUAUAGUGGCCCCUGGUGCCACAGAGAACCACAGUGAUGUUUCAAAUAUGUCUUGGCAAAUCACAUUGAUCAAGGUCCAUUUUUAUUUUGAAAAAGUGUAACUAGCAAUAAAAGUACUGUUUGUGGUUUCACAUGACAGAAA